CAAUAUUAGUUAUGGUGGCAAAGAUUAUUAAUCAGACAUCAAAUAUAGCUUUUUUCCUUCAAAAAUCAUGGAGGUAGAGCCCAAAAAUAUUUCAUCACAUAUGUUCAUAUCCCUCUUCUUUUUGUUCAUAGUGUUUAUCCUAAUUUGGAGAUCAAAAAAACCAAACCUUUCAAACUCCAAGUUACCACCAGGACCCCCAAAACUACCCCUUAUAGGAAACAUGCACCAACUUGGUUCAAUGCCACAUCAUGGCCUAACAAAAUUAUCACAAAAAUAUGGACCAUUAAUGCAUAUAAAACUUGGUCAACUUUCCACCAUAGUUGUAUCUUCCCCUGAAAUGGCCAAACAAAUAAUGAAAACACAUGACAUCAAUUUUUCCAAUAGGCCACAUCUUCUUGCAGCUGAUAUUUUAACAUAUGGUUCUAAAGGCAUGAGUUUUUCAACUUAUGGAAGUUAUUGGAGACAAAUGAGAAAAAUUUGUACCUUUGAAUUAUUAACACCAAAAUGUGUUAAAUCAUUUCAACCAAUUAGGGAACAUGAGGUGUCAAAUAUUAUCAAAGAAAUAAGUUUGAAUGAAGGGUCAUCAAUUAAUAUUAGUAAGAUGAUUAAUUUAUUUUCCUAUGGUUUAACAUCAAGAAUUGCAUUAGGUGGAAAAUCAGAAGAUCAAGAAGCAUUCAUGGAUGCUAUGAAGGAUCUUACAAAGUUAGUUGGUGGUUUUUCUUUGGCUGAUUUGUUUCCUUCUUUUGAAGUGCUUCAAGUUUUGACAGGUAUAAGGUCUAAAGCUGAGAAGGUUCAUAAGGAAAUUGAUAGGAUUCUUGAGAAAAUUCUUAGAUAUCAUAAAUUGGAGUCAAGUUUGGAAACAAAGGGAAUCAAUGAAAAAACAGGUGAAGAUUUAGUUGAUGUAUUAUUAAGGCUUCAGAAACAGAACAACCUUGAACAUCCUCUGUCUGACAGCAUCAUCAAAGCAAACAUGUUGGAUAUCUUUAGUGCUGGAAGUGGAACAUCAGCCAAAACCUCAGAGUGGACAAUGUCAGAACUUAUCAAAAAUCCAAAAGUGAUGAAAAAGGCACAAAUGGAGGUAAGAAGAGUCUUUGAAACAAAAGGGUAUGUAGAUGAAGCAAAUCUUCAUGAACUAAAAUACUUAAAAUCAGUGGUUAAAGAAACUUUACGUUUACAUGCUCCAGUUCCAUUGUUACUACCAAGGGAAUGCAGUGAAAAAUGUGAAAUAAAUGGUUAUGUGAUACCAGCUAAGAGUAAGGUCAUUAUUAAUGCUAGUGCAAUUGGAAUGGAUCCAAACUAUUGGAUUGAACCUAAGAAGUUUAAUCCAGAAAGGUUCAUUGAUAGUUCAGUUGAUUACAAAGGUGUUGAUUUUCAAUUUAUUCCAUUUGGUGCUGGAAGAAGGAUGUGUCCUGGUAUUACAUUUGGUAUUGUUAAUGUUGAAAUUUUAUUAGCAAAUUUGAUUUUUCAUUUUGAUUGGAAAUUGGUUAAUGGAAAUAAAGCUGAAGAACUUGAUAUGAGUGAAUCGUUUGGUUUGUCUGUUAGAAGGAAACAUGAUUUAUACUUGAUUCCUAUUAUGUAUCAUUCUUCUCCUAAGUGCUAAUUUAAAUAAAACUACUAUGAAGGAGUUAUGUUAUGGUUUAUGACUUA